AUGUCCGAGUCCGAGUCCAAGUCCCAGUCUACCUCCACCGACCAGGGAGGCCCCCCUCUAUCUACCAAAAGCCAUGUCCUUGAGACAGGUGCCAGCAUAACCCAGGACUUCACUCCCGUCAAGCAGAUCUGUGCACAUUUGAACGCGUUCCACGUCUACGCGGAUGAUCCGACUCGGUGCGUCGAGGCGAAUCAUUACUGUGCGCAUGUUUCGGAAGAUGUCCGCCAAUGCCUCCUCUACUCCUCCCCCUCCGCGAACGCCAAGCUCCUGGGCGUCGAAUACAUGAUCUCGCCGCGUCUCUACAAGACGCUGCCCCCCGAAGAGCGCGCGCUCUGGCACACGCACGAAUACGAAGUCAAAAGCGGAAUGCUGAUCAUGCCGCUCCCCAGCACGGCGCCGGUGCCGUCGGCGGCGUGGAAUGCGGCCGAGACGUCCGAAAUGAAGGACGUGGCGCCGCUGUAUGGCAAGACGUAUCACUUCUGGCAGGUCGAUCGGGGAGAUGCGGUGCCGAUGGGGGCGCCGAAGUUGAUGGGGAGUUUUGUGUCGGAUGAGACGGUGAAGAGGGCUUGUGGGGAGGGGGGGAUGGAGGCGUUGUGUGAGGAGAGGGAUCGCAGGUUUGGGGUGGAUUUCAAGGAGAAGAGGGAGUUGAGGAAGGAGAUUGAGGGGGUGGAGAGGCAUCCUGAUGCCGAUGCGAUGUGGAAACAGAAUGACAAGUGA